CAUUUUUCGCAUCUCAAGGACAGAAGAAUUUCGAAUUCCUUGGAAUAUAACUCAGCAUUUUUGCGAAUAUAAACAAGUGUUGAAAUCCAACACAACAGACAGGUUCAGUCUGAAUGUGAACGUCACAUAAGCGCGAUGGCCCUCAAAUUGUUCUCAGUGGUCUUGUUCCUGGCAGCUUGUUUUCAAGAACGCUUGACUCUAGCAGAAAUGGACCCCCCGGGAUUUCCUCAGCCCAGCAUGACUUCAAUACCUCCAGAUGACGUGUCAAUGGACUACCAACUGCAAUGUCCUCAUCGUCUUGAUGACUGUGACUGUCCAUCCAUGCAGUACCAACCACCAUCGACAGCCUACCAAUGCUUUCCGAUGAUGCCCAAUCAAUAUUGUCCCAGUAAUUUGUUGUUCUCGGAGACGGAGUGGUAUCAGGGACUGAACCGGCUGUACCAGCAGCAAAUAUCUCGGGUUCUCGCCAAUCAGCCCAAUCAGAUGAUAAAUAUGGACGCAAAUGUGAACAGUGGAUUUGCCAGUGGGCAUCUUCCCUACCUGAGGCCAUAUUUAUUCAGGCCUUAUCUCCAGCCUGGUGGAAUUCUCCCAGCACCGGCUCCGGGAUGGGAGGGCUGGCAUUGUGAUCAAUUUCAGACCUACAAUGCACCUCUGUUGGGACUCACUCAUCACGGAGAGCUUUUGCACGAAUCGGAGACAGAUACAGAAUGCAGCCAAUUGCUCAGGUCGGCGGAAUCAAAUGCCACCAUCAGUCGGAAUAUCCGCUCGUCAUCUCCUGAUAUUCCGGAGAGCAAUGAUGUGGCCACGCAGCCGACCAUAAAUGCAACAGUUACAGACAUUCCGAUAUUAGCAUCUAUCGAUAGACCAGAAGAUGAUGCAGCUGAACUGAGAAAAAGGAUAAAGCAGAUGGAGGCUCAACAGACCAAGCAGAAUAUGACCUUUGCUUUGCUCCAAGCGCAGAAUAACCAAUUGCACGAGAUGUUUGUGGAGUUGCAGAAAAAACUGCAGAAUCAACCGGAACGGGAACGUAGUGGGAGUCGCGGGAAGGAAGAGCAUGAGGAAUAUCAGCGACGUGAAGUAUCAGUUCGACGAGGCCGCAAAGAUGCGAAAAGCAGUCAACAGCGGUGGAAUGAGAACCCCCGAGGGAGUGAUGGUCACAGACACCGUCAUUCCCGACGAAAUCAGCGGCGUGAAAGGGAUCAGAGAAGGCAUUCAGGAAAUCGUAGAAAUCAUAAGCGUCGCGAUUUUUUCGACGAACAAGCCAACAAAGGAAUUUUUAUAGAUAAAUUCUACUAUACGAACUGAAAAGAUUGACUUUUUUCAUUUGUCAAAGUAACCAUAAGUUUCAGCAGGAAAUUUGUUCCAAAAUUUAAGAUAAUUAUCAUGAUGGGAGAUCGAAAGGGGAAAUCAGGACACAUGACAGAGGUCUGAAUGACACGUGAUUUUUUAUUGGAAAACAAACAAAAAAAAUAUCAAUAUAAGACAUUUGACGCUUUCCGCUUGUAAUUUGGUGGAAUGAUUUUUAUCAUGCGAGUUUUCAUUGUUUAUUUGUCUUCAUCUGGAAUAGUUAUCUUUCUUCCCAAGAUGUCAUACUUAGGGCGCCCGGUCUCGGGCUCGGAGUCAGAAUUGCAGUCGCUGUCACUUGAGUCGUUGUAGAAGCCAAGACCAGGCAGAAUACCAAUGCAUUUAAACGCCGAUGGAUGAUGCAUUUUCGGGGAUAGUGUUGUCCCAUUCUGAGUUGUCUCCAAGUUCGCACUCCAAUCGGUAUCUGAUAACUUUCUUUUGGAUCCUUUGGAGCUAUCUGUACAUCACGAAUAAACAUGGGUUAUUGAAGAAAUAACUCCAGUACUUCCCAAUUUUUUAAAAUCCCCAGAGUACAGAAAAUAUAUACGUACAUAUUAUCUCAUAUAUACUGUACAUAUACUUUAUGCUGUAACUUUUGUAGAUUUAUUUUUCAAGUCAGUAAAUAAUUGUUUUUGAGCUCAAA